GGAAAGAGAAUUUAUAUUAUUUGAUAGCAUUAUUCAGAUACUAGUGACAUCUAGAAUAUCAUAAAGCUUACUACAUAAUAAUUUUUAAAACAAAAUCAUGAAACCGUUAAUUUUUUUAUUACCAAUUAUUUUAUUCUAUUCAUUGGUAUUUUGUGAAGCUGAUUUUGAUUUACUUGAAGAAGCAUAUUCAAAUUGUACCCAAGAAAAUGAUGUAACACCAGAUUUAGAAGAACUUAUAAAAAAUUAUAAUUUUAGUCAAACAACUGAAAGUUUACAAUGUUAUUGGAAAUGUUUUAUGGAAACAACCGGUAAUAUGUUAGAUGGAAAAAUUAUUAGAGAUGAAAUGUGUAAAUAUCUUGAAUCACAAAUUGUUUAUGGCCUUUAUGAUGAAGAUGAUAUUAAAAGAUUAUUUGAAUUUUGUGAGAAAGCUGUUUUAACAAGAACAAAAGGUGAAAGUGAUUGUGAAAUGAGUUAUGAAUUAUCAAAAUGUAUUUAUUUAAAUUUAAUUGGAGAACAUAAAAUUGUUGGUAAUAUUAAAUGAGAAAUAAUAAAAUAAUUAUAUAUAUUAACAUUUAAAAUAGCCUAUAAUAUUAAUUCGCUACAAUUAAUUAAAAAAUAUUCAAUCGUUAAGUUUUUAAAAAUAUUUUAAAUAAAUAUUGGAA